AUGGCCUUUCGGCGGAACACGAGAGCUCACAACUAUGAGGAUCCGAAUCCUAGGGGUGAGGGAGCAGCGGAUCCUAACAUUCCCCCGGCAGUUCCUGGAGGGGUAGCACCCCCAAGGCCUCAGGCAGCUCCUCAGGGAGUUCCCCAGGUGGCGUUACUAGCUGAGGCAUUGCAAGUAUUGCUGGAUAAUGCGAAUGGAGCCGGUGGAGCUCAAGUUCGAGGAGCAGUGUUCAUACUUCGGGGAGAAGCAGUAAAUUGGUGGGAGUCAGUGCCGGCAGCAGAGGAUCACGCCAACGUACCUGUCACAUGGGCAAGAUUUAAGGAUCUACUUUAUGAGUACUAUUUCCCUGUGACUGUCAGGAAUGAAAAAUGGGCAGAGUUUCUCCGUCUCACUCAAGGGAGCCUAACUGUGGCCCAAUACGAGAGGAAGUUCACUGAGCUGUCCCGUAUUGGAAUGCAAUAUAUUCCUACUGAGCAAUUAAAGAUUGACAAGUUCAUUGACGGUUUGCGUAGGGAGAUCAAGGGGUUACUUGUUCUCAAGGAACCAACUACAUAUGCAGCGGCUGUCAAGUGUGUGUUAGUUAUGGACAAAUGUCUCGAGGAGCCUCAGUCUCAGCAUGUGAUAGGCUCCAGCUCGGGGGCAAGAGGAAAUUUGCAUUGUUCUCCUCCAGUCAACCCUCAAGAGGACACCAGCAUCAUGUGCAAAGGCAGACUGCUCCUCCAAUGUGCCCCUCUUGUAAGAAGAGCCAUGCUGGGCCAUGUUGGGUGGGAAAAAAAAUAUGUUACAGGGAUUGUUUUAGUGCUUAGUAUGCCUGCUUAUGCAUUAUUUGACUCUGGAUCUAGUCAUUCUUUCAUUGCUUCUACAUUUGUUCGACAAGCGGACCUAGAGCUAGAAUCGUUAGGCUUUGUGUUGUCGGUAUCCACACUGUCAGGAUCUGUGUUGGUCACUAGUCAAGUGGUGAAAGGAGGCCAGCUCUCUUUCGAUGGUCAGACCUUGGAGGUGAAGUUAAUCCAACUGGAUAUGCAGGAUUUCGAUGUGAUACCAGGCAUGGAUUGGUUAGCUGCUAACCGGGCUAAUAUUGAUUGCUCGAAGAAGGAAGCCAGCCAUCUUCUCCAGCGUGGUGCUUGGGCCUAUUUGGCUAGCGUUGUGGAUGCAAGGAAGGUUGUGCUAAGCAUUGUGGCGGUUUGUGUGGUUAAUGAGUUCACUGACGUGUUCCCUGAGGACCUCCCCGGCUUGCCUCCGUCUCGCGAAGUGGACUUUUGUAUGGAGUUGCUGCCAGGGACGGCUCCUAUCUCGAAAGCACCUUAUCGAAUGGCUCCGGCACAGUUGGAAGAAUUACUCGACAAGGGUUUCAUCCGCCCAAGCGUGUCCCCUUGGGGUGCGCCCGUGCUCUUUGUUAAGAAGAAAGACGGUUCUAUGUGA